AUGGGUGUCUCAUCACUGGUCACAUUACAUCGAGCGGAUAUAGCGUUUUUCCGAACGCCAGACAUAAAUCGAAAAAAAAAACGAAAUUAUAACUUGAUCAUCCAAGCAGGUAAAAGGCCCAACGCCCGUUCUCACAGGAACGGAAAAAGGAAACCCCAAGAAAAAAAAAGGAAGCAAACGACUGGGAAAAAGCAUUAAUUCGCACGGCAAAAAGCGAGAGCAGCAGUGGCACAGACGGCGACAUUGACAGCGACACCGAUAGCGGCGCGGCAGCGGCGGCAGAAGCAUCAUCGAAGCGGUAGCGGCUUCUACAGGAGCUCUUUCCUUAUUCCAACAGUCUGAUAUCCUUGCAACUACUCGCACCAGGGACCCACUCAGCCAUAGACACGCGACCAAAGAGGAAGCCGGUGGAGGUCCUAUGGUCUUAGACAUGGAGUCGGACGAUUCUCGUGGCAGCUCUCCGUCCAACUCCUCGGAGUCGCGCUCCAAUUCGCCCGCCAACAACAAGGAUGCCGCCUCACACGAUGCGGCAGCGGAUUCGCGCCCUCCCGUCGCCGUGGCCCGGUCGGUGCGCUCCGCCUCCACCAGCUCCAGUUCCUCGAACUCCAGCUCGAGUUCAAGCCGCAGCGCCAUAUCGGCGAAGAACAUGAAGAAGAGCUCAUCCAGCAGCAGCGGCAGCGGCAGUGGCAGCAGCUCAUCCAGCGGCUCCUCCAGCGAGGACGAACCCGACCAAGAGCCGUCGCAGCCGCCGCAGCAAAAGCAGCAGCACCAGGAGCAGCCUGAGCCGGAGGCUGCCAUCUCAGAGGAUAAUCCUGUUCCUUCGCCAAGCGCCAAAUCGCAGCCUAGCUCAUUUCUUUCUUCGGUGCGCAGCCGUAGCAAUAGCCCAGGGGAUCAGCAGCUGUACAACCAGGCUGCCGUGGAUCUCAACAUCAGCCACGAGGAUCUCAGCGAUGUCAGCGACAUCGAGGCGGAGACGGAGAAGCGCGCUUCGUCGAAGAACCCAACGCCGCAUCCAGUCGAAGAGGACGAGGACGGAGCCAUAUCCAAUGACUCACUGCCAGGGCACGAGGAAAAGGAGGCCAAGCUGAACGGCAAGGCUGCGGCUAGUGGCGGGCAACAUGAGAAGGUACCAACAGCUAUCGCCAAGGAGUCCAAACCGGAAGAUGGGCCGCCAAACGGACGAACUGGAGGCGGCUUGGAAGAGGACUUGGUGAAGACGCAUGACGACGACGCUCUCGACUUCGAAGCAGAGGAGGGCGAGUGCGCGGAACCGAUACCGAAAGAGGCCACAGAUCAGUUGAAAGACGAGACGAAAGCCAAUGAAUCAAACCAGGCCAAGGGCACGCCGAAGUCGGCGAAGGACGACGAUGACGACGACGAAGGCGAGGUCGAUGCCGAAGAGGGCGAGGAGAAAAGCAAGGACGGCCAGAGCGUGUCUGCUGGAAAUGGCAGCCUGGAGGAAGGCGAAGAUACCAGCAAGGAUAAGGAGAAAGACCUGGCCAAGAAGAAGAAGGACGAGGAAGAGCUGGAGGAGGGCGAGGUGUCGGACGAAGACGAGAAACGGCCCGAAGAGACUGAGCCCAAGCCAGUCUGCCGGUUCUACACCCGCGGCCAGUGCACAUGGGGCAUGAGCUGUCGUUUCCUGCACCCAGGCGUCACCGACAAGGGCAACUAUACGAUGUUCGAGAGUCUGGUGCGUUCCGUGCCGAUGCAGGGUGGCGCAGCCAGUGGAACCUCGGCCGGAGGGUCGUCUACAUCCGCAGCAGCUGCUGCUGCCGCCGUGCGUUCAGCGGCUAGCGCCUACAGUGCCGCCCAUGCUGCAGCGGUGGCGGACUACCACGACUAUAGGAACGAGCGACCGGCUCUACACCAUCGCUCAGCCAUGCACCACCCAUCGAGUGCCUACGCCAGCCACGGGCACGACCCCCGUAGUGGUAUGCUGCCGGAGCAAGGUCCUGUCGUUUUGGAGAAUGCCUGGGAGCGCGGUCUGCGCACUGCCAAGGAGAUGAUGCGCAAGGCCAACAAACGCAAAGAACAAGACAUGGACUUUGAGGACAAGAAGAUGAACCUCACCCUGUCGCCGGAUGAGCUCGAGAAGGAUCCGUUCUACCUCAAGGAGCGUGGCGGGGCCAGCUCACCGCCGCCGCCGUCUCGAGGCGUGGAGCCGCCUAUGAAUCCCCACAGUAUGGCCAUGUCGAUGCAUCCUCACGCCAGCCUAGGUCAUAGCAAUCCCCGUGCCCUCCUUCCUAUGCAAUACUCCGUAUAUGGUCCGAUGGCCGAUCGGUAUGGACGCAGCCAGUACAUGCACCCGCCGUACGAAGAUGUGGAUGCCUAUGGAAGGAUGGCGCGUUAUCGGGAACUGCCGCCGCAUCGGAUGCCGCACUACGAGGACGACCGCCGAUUGCGGCCAGCGCGCGAGGUGAUUGUUCAGCGCGUGGAGGCUGCCGGACGUGGCGACGAGUGGAGCGAUCCUUGGAUGCGUUCCAAGUCCAUGGGCCGGGGCUCAUACGAGCGGGAUGACCGUCGACGCAGGGAGCGUCGCAGCUACAGCACCAACUCGUCGUACUCCACCUCGAACAGCUCCCAGAGCGAUUCCUCCGACAGCACAUCGCGAUCCAGCAGUCCCUCGGAGCACAAGCGACGCUAUGGUGGUAGUUCCCACAAGGCAGCAGGUGCCUCCGGCUCCACCUCGCGACGCCAUUCGGGCCAUAGGCGCUCGUCCAGUCAGACAGUUCGACGCCGUCACACAUCAAAGGGUAGCCCCUCGCCGUCGUACAAGCGUGCUGCCAUGGAGCACAAGCGCCACAGUGGCGGUCACAGUCCCGCGUCCAAACGGAAGAAGCUCUCAUCGCCGUCACAGAAGAAGCUGGACAAGCUAAGACGCCGCCACAGCUCCAGUUCAUCCGACUCAGAUUCAUCCGACACCUCGUACUCAGAAUCAGAGUCCGGCUCAUCCUCCUCGGACAGCUCGUCGGGAUCCCAGACGCCCCAGAAGCGAAUCCGCUCCACCGACAAGGCGCUGAACGAGCGUAAAAUGAUCAAGAAGCCACCUGAAGUACCCAGGAAGCGGUCGCCCAUUUCCAUUGAGAUUAAGAAAACGUCGAACAUGGUGGGUGUGUCGGCGCUGGCCUCGCCCAACUCAAUCGACUCCGAGAAGGAGAAGGAUCAUCAUGGCAAGGACAACCACAGCAAGGAUAAGGAGCAUAACAACAUCAGCAGCGGCAGCAAAGACAAAGACAAGGACAAGGAGCGGGAGAAGGAUAACAAAGAACACGACAAGGACAAUAAAGAUAAGGAUGGGAAGGACGGGAAGAAGUCGCGCAGAGAGGAACUUCUUAAGCAGCUACGUGCGGUCGAGGAUGCCAUUGCCAAGAAGCGCUCCAAACUGUCCUAAGAAUUCCAGACUUUCCAUCCUUCACGAGAACAAGCGUAUCCAUCCUUCCUCCCAUCCUGCUGCACUAAGCCCACACUGUCUAGCUCUGCACCACCCACCUCUUUUGGAUUCGAUUAAGUUAAUCCGGAUAUCUCCGGAUAUCGUCACAUCAAUCAACUUAGUGGUUACAUAACAUUCACAUCGUAUUGCGAUAAGGGGGGCGGCGGCAUGCUGUGCGACAAUUUCCGCAUUUCCGCAUUUCCGCCGUGGCCCCGAAGACUGCAGCAAACUGCAGAAAAUGUAGACUUUAAUGAUCAUAUUUUGUCGAAACAUUUUUUUUUCCACACCCCAACCCUACUCUUCCCGAACCACAUCCGACUCCACCUUGACUUACCACCAACAAUGGAGCAUUAAAACAAACUGUUUAUAAUAGAUCAUAAAUAAAAGCCAAGAAACACUAUAAAAA